UAUUUACUAGGGUUUCAGUAAAACAAACCCAUGUAAAGAAUUUAUAAAAAGUCAGUAUAAAUCACUGCGGUUUUCUUCCAAAGAAAAACUUUCUAAACAGUAAAUUUAAAAACCUCUUUUAGAAAACAAUUUCAAUGUCUUGCUCUAUGAGAAGUUUACAAAAACAAAAACAAAAAUCCGAAAGUGACGUCUCACAACGGGAUCCCUUACAAAUGUAAAUUUGCCACACUUCUUGCGAAUGAAAGCGCGUGCCAUUAAUUAGCUCGAGCGAUCUGAUUGGUGCUCACCAGAGCGAAACCAACACGAAACAAUUCAAAAACUUCGAACUCAUUGAAAAUUGGCAGUUCCAUGUGUUUUAAUAUGUACUUCGAAGAGUUGCAAAACAAAACGGCUCAAUUCUCCAGGACAGAACUUCUUUGAAGGCACGGAAAGCACAUUUAUCAAUGCCGCUGAACAAAUCUGGAAUAUUGAUCUGGUAAAAGAAAUUCGGUUGCUGGAAAUAUUUUUUUUUUCGACAUGGUAUAUUUAGUUGUUGGGCAGCCGGCGAUGUAUCACUCGGGAAGUUCCUAUGUAUCUCACAGUAAACUCCAAUCCCCGUUAACAAUUCAAUGGUUGAACGAGAACUAUGAAGUAGCGGAGGGUGUGAGUCUACCAAGAAGUGCACUCUACUCCCACUACCUUGAUUUUUGUGAAAAGAACAGCUUAACACCUGUGAAUGCCGCAAGUUUUGGCAAGAUUAUUCGUCACACUUUCCCACAUCUCAAGACAAGAAGGCUUGGUACUCGAGGGCAAUCGAAGUACCAUUACUAUGGGAUAACUAUCAAGACAACCUCACCUUAUCAUGAUACAGUGUGCAACGCUGCGAGACAGAGCAGCACAGGAUUUAGUCAAACUUACAGUAAAGCAGAGGCCGAUGAAAGAACAACUAACCACGGCGUUACCAAGACAACACAUGGAUCCAGCUCCAGCCUUAUGGUGGCUCCAGGAGGAACACUUCUACCMAAUUUCCCGGAUGUGACCCUUAUGAAGCUACCAAUUGAGGUCCCUCGUGAUAAGGUCAAAACGUUCCUCAUCAUGUACCGAGCACAUUGUCAACGUAUCCUAGACACAAUCUUGAGAGCAAACUUUGGCGAGGUACAAAAUUUCCUGGUCCARUUCUGGCAAGGGAUGCCAAGUCAUAUGCUUGAAGUACUGGGAUGCUCGGACGUUGUUAAUCUAAUUGGAAUUUGUGACGGGAUUCUAUACAAGGCAAUUAGUGGUGUACUGAUACCAGGAACACUGCAACCAUUACCAGCAAGUCUAACCCAAGCUAUUCGCCAUUUUGCUAAACAACUUUGUCAGUGGUUAGAAGAAUCACUCGCUCACUUACCACAGCCUUUGCAGGACAAGAAAGUCAAAGUUGCCAAAAGUUUUGCUCACUCACUUCGAAGGCAAACGUCUUUGACGCAUCUUGCCCAGGCGGCACGUACAGUAUUACACAGUGCAGAACCAGUGACUCAGAUGCUUGCAGACUGGGGACAAAUUGAUUUUGAAGGAAURGCACGACAAGCGAUGUGGACAUUCAGRGAAGAGACMCCUGAUGAAUACACAARGAUUAAAGACAUUCAUAAUGAGUUUACCCAACUACUCGAUCAACAAGCRACGAUUGACCAAUAUGCUGACUGGGCGUCAUCACUAGUAGACCGCUUUGUUACUAAGAAAGUCAGCAAAGAAGGAAAAACAUUUCAGAAAGCUGCACAAGAUUUUCUGCUGAAAUGGUCGUUCUUCAGCAUUAGAAUCGUGAGGGAAUUGACUUUGCACAGUGCUCACAGCUUUGGUUCUUUCCACUUGCUUCACAUGCUCCUUGAAGACUACAUUUUYUAUAUCGUGGAGAACCAAAGUAACCAAGAAGACGGUUCUGAAACACCAUUUAAAAGCUCGGUUCCCGAUGUUCCAAUGUUUGAUGGAGACGAACCAUUAUCGUUUGAUAGAAACAGUGAUACCUCUGAUAAGUACAUGCGAUCAAGACGCACUUCGUAUGCUUCGGGUAACGGGAUGCUUAGCCCUCGSGACAUACCUCGAAUGUCGAUCUCYUCUCAACGAUCACCACUCUACAGYGACGUGUCACCACAUGCUCUUGGGUCCCCRACUAAUAARAACAUCAACAAAACACCCGCUGARCAAGGACACUUUGUUUACCCACCUACACCAGAGGUGAGCCCGCGAUAUCCUUACGGAUCCUCUCAAAACUCCACAAGUCAACUGUCACCAAUUGGCCAAUCAAUGAACAGCUACAGUCAAUUGUCUUCAAUGGCAACCGAGAAUGGACCAAUGGGAAACAGUUAUGAAGURCCUAGAGGGUAUACUGGGAUGGAGCGAUAUUCGAACCCCGACAGUGGYASCUUCUUAUCACCACGUUCCAAAGGGAGUAUGGGUAACACAAGCUAUGCUGCUAUGUCAUCAUCCUCGAGUAGCAUGCCAUAUGAAUAUCARCGAAGRUUUUCACCAAUGGUUGUUGAUCAUGUMAAACAUUACUCACAGUACCCCCUGACAGAAAGAAACUACCCCUCGGGGUACAUGUUCAGUCCAAGUGUCAUGGCUGGAGCKAACUAUCCCUUACAAUCAAGCACUAGCACUGCUAGUGAACGUUACUACCCCGAUGUACUAGAGGAGUUUGUUGAUAUGCAAGCAGCAAUGCAUCAUGGUUUACCAAGCCGACCGGUGAGGGGUGACUAUGGUUACAGUCCAGCAAUCUUGACAAAUUAGCGAAAAACCAGGCUGAAAAUAAGAGCUUCGUGUAUCCAUCAACUGGUAAUAGAAGGCACUAGAACCGCCAAUAAAUAAGUGUAACACUAUAAAUCCGUGAAACUGAUAACCCGUUAGCAUAGAUAUUAAUAUUUUGUACUAUUUUUAAAAGUU